AAAUUUUUAAGCAAGAUUUUUUUAUGACGCUUUCCUCUUGGAGUGUGAUGGAAACAGUUUGAGAGCUGAGAGUUGAAUUGACCAAGUCGUGAAGUCGGGAUUCGCUAGUGGCCUUCUAGACUGGGUCUGACUCUAACCCCUCUCUCAUUCUUCGCCUUUCACUUCCUCGAAUUCUCCUUCAAACUCCAAUCCAAUCGCAAAACCAAACCAAACCCUUCGCUCUCCAAUUCCCUUUCUCUAUGUCUCUCAAACCGUCAAAUUCCUCGCAGAAUCUCAUGCUCCCCGUCUCCGAUCCUCCCUCCAUCCAAGACGAUUACGCCGAUGACAAGCUCUUCAGAGGCUCCGCCAUGACCAAACGCGGAGCCUUCGCCGCCGUCUCUUACAUGUCCUGCGCUGGUACCUUUCUUCUUAAUUCCGCUCCGUUCUUUCGUCGUCAAAUUUUCAAAUGCUUCUUAAAUCCAUCAUAUCCUCUUUGUUCUGUAGUUUUGCUGGUGAUGUUCAAUAAAGCAGCGCUUUCGUCUUAUAAUUUUCCCUCCGCCAAUGUUAUCACACUUCUUCAGAUGGUGUGUUCGUGUUGCUUCCUCUAUCUGUUGAGACGAUGGAGGAUGAUAUCUUUCUCAGCAAAUGAAUCCUUACUUAUAUCAGAUACCUCAACAAAAUUUGUAUCACUGAAGACUUUGAAGCACACUCUUCCUCUGUCAGGAGCAUACUUAUUUUACAUGCUAGUCACCAUGGAGUCUGUUCGUGGAGUAAAUGUUCCAAUGUACACAACUCUGAGGAGGACCACAGUGGUGUUUACAAUGCUUGUUGAGUUUGCUCUGGUGGGGCAGAGGUAUACACGUUCGGUCAUUUUAAGUGUUGGCUUGAUUGUCUUUGGUGCCUUUGUUGCGGGAGCUCGGGAUCUUUCUUUUGAUGCUUAUGGCUAUGCUGUUGUUUUCAUGUCAAACAUCGCCACAGCAAUAUAUCUCGCAACUAUAUCCCGCAUUGGGAAAACUAGUGGUCUUAAUAGCUUUGGGCUUAUGUGGUGCAAUGGUAUCAUAUGUGGGCCUGUUUUACUGAUCUGGACAUUUGUUCGUGGUGAUUUGAAGAUAUCAAUCAAUUUUCCAUAUCUCUUCUCACCUGGUUUUAUCGUUAUUUUGCUUUUUUCCUGCAUACUGGCAUUCUUCUUGAAUUACUGUAUUUUUCUGAACACAACUCUAAAUUCAGCUGUCACACAGACAAUUUGUGGUAAUCUGAAGGAUCUAUUUACUAUUGGUCUUGGCUGGAUAAUUUUUGGUGGGCUACCUUUUGAUAUUUGGAACAUAUCCGGGCAAUUUCUUGGUUUUGCUGGAUCUGGUCUAUAUGCCUACUACAAGCUCAUUGGCAAAUAACUGACUCGAGUUCUCUAGAUGAAGUUUUUGUUUUUUCAAUUUGGGAGUGCCAUUUGCUUCAGUUUUCUGCCCAUUACUGCAUUCCUCGAGAAGGAAGAAGAACCUGAACGAACUCGGGUAUUGGAACUUGUGAUCGACAGAUCGAUACUUGUGGGAAAUUUUGCUAAUUACAACUUGACAUACGACUGUUUCUGGGGAACUAGAGGAGAAAGGCUGUCAUGGCUAUAGUGUAUUCAAACAUCUAAUUUGAUUAAUGCUAUGCAUAUCUCUCUGGAAGUGUAACUGUUAACAAACAUUGUAUUUUAAUAGAAAAUUCAUCGUAGACAGAAAAUUUAAAUCUACCAAUUCAUUUCAUUA